GAAAUCCCCGAGAGAGAGAGAGAGAGAAAGAGAGAGAGGGGGGCGGGGCUGGACAUGGAGUUUGCGACCGCACUCGUCACCUCUUCCAGCUUCUUUACUAAGCCAGACGCUUGCCUCCUUUCGAUCGCCGCGCGAACGCUCCGCUGCUACUCCUCGGCAAAACCUUCCGGUUUCCAGGCAUCCCCGAGACCAAUCCGCCACCGAUUACAGAGCCGGACGAGUCAUCGGCCUUCCGGUUUCCUCGGGGGCACGACGAGCCACGGGGAGGCAGAUUCCUGCAUGCUGCCUCGUGCGGCGGUGUACUCGGACAGAGAGAAAGCAAGCGCACGAACCCCGACGCACGUGUCGGCCCAUCUUACGCGACUACAUGCCGCCCUCUCGGUGGCGUCGCCAGCCAUUCGGAUCGCAUCCGCCUCCUCUGCUUCUCGCUUUCUCCUCUCCCCUCGUCCGAGAUCUGCUCCCGCCUCCAUGACGAUGGCCGCUGUCGCCGACGAAACCACCAUGGAUGCCGUCCAAAGGCGCCUUAUGUUCGAGGACGAAUGUAUCUUGGUGGAUGAGCAUGACAAUGUCAUUGGACAUGAAUCUAAAUACAACUGCCAUCUGAUGGAAAAGAUUGAAUCAGAGAACCUGCUUCAUAGAGCUUUUAGUGUUUUUCUUUUCAACUCAAAGUAUGAGUUGCUACUUCAGCAAAGGUCUGCAACAAAGGUGACAUUUCCGCUAGUGUGGACAAAUACCUGCUGCAGUCAUCCUCUUUAUCGUGAAUCUGAACUUAUUUCAGAGAACUACUUAGGGGCUAGAAAUGCUGCACAAAGGAAGUUAUCGGAUGAACUAGGAAUUCCUGCAGAAGACUUACCUGUCGAUCAGUUUAUUCCUCUUGGGCGCAUGCUCUACAAGGCACCAUCUGAUGGAAAAUGGGGGGAACACGAGCUUGAUUAUCUGCUGUUUAUCAUCCGUGACGUGAAACUUCUUCCAAACCCUGAUGAGGUUGCUGGCGUCAAGUAUGUGAAUCGAGACCAGCUGAAAGACCUAGUGAAGAAAGCAGAUGCAGGUGAGGAUGAUGUCAAGCUCUCUCCUUGGUUCAGAUUGGUUGUCAACAACUUUCUGAUGAAGUGGUGGGAUCAUGUUGAGAAAGGCACUCUUCUGGAGGCAGCUGACAUGAAAACCAUUCAUAAACUGGUUUAGGAGUUUAGCAGGUGCUUUCUAAUACCUAAACUUUAUCAUCAAGUUUCUGCACUUUUGUUUGGACGAUGCCAAAAUCCCACGAAACCGAGUAAAUUGUAAUAAAGGAGUUUGUUAGCCGUGCUGAAUUUGCCUCCUAAGGGUUGAUCUAAUUAAGAGGUUCGUUUAUAACAUUUAGCCAAUAGCAUUAUCAGAUUGUGUGUCUGUGUUA